AAGGAAGCAGCCAAACUGGCUCCAGCCCCAGAGCCACCCAGAGAGCCUGCCUUCGAUCCCAAGAGUGUGAAGAUUGAAUUCACUGCAGAGCAGAUCGAAGGUAAGUGCAGACUUCACCUUCUUCCAGAGAUGGCAUUAGAAAUGGGGAGUCAUUUUUCCAGGUAGUUUUUCACAGCUGACAUGAAAGCUGAGGCCCCACACAUCAAAUCCGCUCCUGGGGGAAGGCCCAGCAGGGUCUAGGUACCCCAUUCCCCCCAAUACGCUGCUCAUCCUCCACAGUGGCCUCGUAAGGAUUCCUAGCAGGUAGAAGGGACACAUGAAAUCAGAAAGUCAUGUCCCCAACCAGCAUCGGGCUGGUAAAGAGAUGGGGAAGAGCACUGGUGGGAAGGGAAGAGGCAUGAGCUGGAGACGGGAGCAAUGCUGGAGGUGAGUGGGAGCCAGUGCAGGGAUUUAGCUGGGACUGCAACACAUGGCUGUCGGGAGCAAUGAAUGGAUCCUGGUUCCUUGCUCUGCUCUGGGAGUCCCAGCGAAGAGGAUAAUCCCAGCUUCAGAGCCUGGCAGGGAAAAGGUAUUUUUCCAUUCAUGGUGAGAGAUGCAGCCUGGUUCAAAGUCUGGGAUUCACGUGGGAGGAGCAGCCUCUGGCGAUGCAGGGACAGCCCCAUGCCGAGGGGCUGAGCCGGUAUUAGGAUUUCUCAUCUCUCCACGGCCAGUUUUAACGCCUGUGUACAGACUAGGGAAAGGACAAGAUCUGAGGGCAGAUCCUGGUGGGAAUCCUGGGAGAAGAAGACCCAGUACCCUGCAGGCUCGACCCGAAAACCAGCUUUUGAAAGGAGAAAAGAGAGCCAGUGGAAAUGACAGCAAGUUAAAAUGUGAAGUUAUUUGGAUUUAACCUGCAGCGACGUCCCAGAGCAUGUGAUGUGCUCCUGUGGCUCCAGGUAGUCAGGAGUGGAUAUCACUGAGCGCUCUCGUAGCGGUGCCUCUUGACCCAGCAACUCGCAGGUGGUGAUGUCCCUCCCUGGAUCCCUCCAGAGCCAGAUGGAGGGAUUUGACCUGCGGAGAUGGAGCCAUUGUGAGGUCAAGCAGGAUAACAGCAGCACCACAACAGUGUUGGGGGGGACCAUGGACAGGACUACAAGGACACGGCAUGAACAUUGUGGGGACAGGUCCAUGGGAUGGUGAGGUUCAGCAGAGGAUGUAAAGAUGCCAAAUAGAAAAUGGAGCAAAUCCAAAGCCCUCGGCAAGGAUUCCCACCAAACCCAAAGCAAUGCCUACCAGACCAUGACGUCUCCAUCGCCGCGUGGAGACCGCGAUCGUCUCCUCCCACCCAACAGCAGGAGGAGCAGAGGCUCUGCUUUGAGUGAACUGUUGCUGGACAUCAUGAAGAAGAUGGACCAGAAUAUGGAAUUCAUUAGUGCCAUGGACAAGAAACUCACAGCUCUAAGUGCUCACGUGGACAGGCGGGAAAGGCUGAUUACCUGCUUGGGCCAGUCAACUGCUCAGGUGGACUCGCUGGCCUGGAGGCAGCAGGAUGAAGAGCGUGUGGAGCAUCUGCUGCAGGAAAAACACCAUCUUGCUCCCUGCAGGGAGCAGCAGAAGAGGCAGGUGCCAGCCACCAGCCUCAGGGUCCUUGGCUUCCCUGCAGAGGAGGAGGAGUUCAAAGAAGCCUUCAGCCUGUUCGACCGCACGCCCACGGGAGCCAUGCAGAUCACCUACGCGCAGUGUGGGGAUGUCCUACGGGCGCUUGGUCACAACCCCACCAACGCAGAGGUCCUGAAAGUGCUGGGCAAGCCCAAACCAGAAGAAAUGAACACAAAGAUGCUGGAGUUCGAGACCUUCCUCCCCAUCCUGCAGCACUUCACCCGCAACAAGGAGCAGGGCACCUUCGAGGACUUUGUGGAAGGGCUGCGUGUCUUUGACAAGGAGGGCAACGGCAUGGUGAUGGGGGCUGAGCUGCGCCAUGUGCUGGUCACACUGGGGGAGAAGAUGACAGAAAGCGAGGUGGAGCAGCUCAUGGCAGGGCAAGAAGAUGCCAAUGGCUGCAUCAACUAUGAAGCUUUUGUCAAGCACAUCAUGUCUGGCUGAAAGAAGAAAGAGCAGGCUCUCAGAAAUGUUUGAACCCACCUGAGCCCCAUGAACAGAGAGAUUCCUCCAUCCACCCUUCCUCCCUGGAUGUCGCACACCUGCAGAGAUGUUUCACAUGAGCCUCCAUCAAGAGUUGUCCUCCACAUGUGUGUGCCUAAGCCUGGGUAUACAAUGAGACAUCUGUAACUUGGUUUUAAACCUUAAGUUGUUAUUUUCAGGUUUUUCCUGUGACAUUUUGCUCAUUAAAU